AUGCUUCCACGUACUCACAGUCCUGUAAAAAUUCCACACGUGAGUCCUCUUUUCAAAUAAUUCACAUAGUUUUUUUACGAAAAAAACUUUCAUUGAAAGUUAUCAUUACAGUUAAAUUUGAGGAAAAAUUUGUGGAAAGACCUGAUAUUUUUUUAAUCGAUUUCGACUUGUAAUCGAAGUUUUCGCUCACAUUAUUUCUCUGGAACGUUUUUCGGCAUCAUUGGGUAAAAAAGAAACUUUUUUUUUGAAAGCUGAGAAAAAUUUCUAAUACAACUUCCUACGGGCUCGAGACUUGUUUUAAUGUUCAGCUGGCUCAUUUCUGAGAGAGAUAAGAUAACUUCAAAAGAUCAAAAGUGUGGAGAGAUGUCACGUUCUUGGUGAGUUUCGUGCUGAGGCACGCGUAAUUUCAAGCAUUUUUUGGAUGUUUCAAAUGAAAUAAACAUAGGGCAACGCCGGAAAUGAAAGCCGUGAUGAAUGUUUCAUUUUCAUAAGGAUUCCUGCAUGAUGAAAUAUUCACUUCAAUCAGGUUAAUGGAAAACGAAAGUUUCCAUUGUGAGCACUGAGGAAGUUGAACUUCUAUUUAUUAACAUGGGGGUUUUCCUGCUUCAGGUCAUUAGGGAAUUUUUUCAGUGAUAUUGAACUCCUUCAUGAUUUUUUUUACAGUUCUCCAAGCAUCUUUUUUCUUUUUAUUCUCCACGUAAUUUCUCAAAAUUGGUAUUUAUUUGAUCCGAUUCUCUAACCAUAAGAUAGCUGAAAAUACUCUGAUUUUCAGGCUAAAGAAAAACUUUAUACAAAAUUUUAAGGUUUUUUUCUAGCAUCAAAUUUUAUUUUUACUUCCAAACUCCCGAACAAGGUAGUUUUGCAUUUUUUUUUCAGCACUUUUCUCAAUUAUUUUUGUAAUCCUCAUCCCAAACACAGCGAGGAUCACUUCGAUUAAGAAGAGCUGCGCAACUUCAAAUAAUUUUCUAACGGAAAUGUAUGCAAAUAAUAACUGUCACGACAUAAGAAAUAAGCUCAAAUCCUGGUUGGAUUAUUCAUUGCUGUGAGUUUUGCUUACACAGGGGUUCGAAGCUCAAAUUAUUCAUAAUUCUAAGAAGAAAAAAAAUUGUAAGAGAAAGGGACUUCCUGCUUUAAGGCUAAUACAAUAUUUAGAAGAGAUAGCUCGUCUGAAACUUUAUUUUCAGAAUCCGAUGGAAAUCUUCGUGGUGCGAUCCUUGAUGCUGCUACUAUACCUGACCGUUUUUCUCGUUGCUGUCACUGGAAACUUCCUCGUCGUUUACGUCGUCAUGACCAACAAGCGGAUGCAAACUGUCACCAACAUUUUCAUCACAAAUCUGGCCAUAUCAGAUCUUCUCGUCAACUUCACGUUAGAUUUGAAUAGAACUAAUUCUUAAGAGUUGAAGAAGAUGGAAAUAGUUUACUUUAAUCAAAGUCUUCGCAAAACUAUCGAACAAAAAUUUAUGCUUUGUUUACAUUUAUUCAUUUGGAUUUAUUCACAAGGAAGGUAUUUUUUCUGUGCACUUUUUUUCAAAAAUUUGUUUAGAUUUUUUUCUCUGUUGUAGAAAAAAUCUUGGUUUUUUUCAGUAUUUUCUAUUCAAAGCUUUUACAGAUCUCUUUGGCUGACUCCUAUGUAUACUUAUGUUGGGCACUGGAUAUGGGGUGGAGGAUUGUGCCACGGGUUGCCAUUAUUUCAAGGUGAGAUCAAUUAAAAAAAGGAUGUGGAAAAAAUAGAACAUCACAAUUUACUUCGUAAUUUUGUCAGAGUCCGUCAAGCUUUUUCUAAAUUUUCAAGUCAUCCCUAUGUGAGUAAAUUUUAAUCGAAUCAAAAUCUUUAAAAUCAGCUUGAGUCGGAAAGCGAAAAAAACUUCUUUCUGCGUGAAAAUGGCCACCUGCUGAACUUGAAUCAGAAAUUUUCAGGUACCAGCAUUUUUAUCAGCACGAUGACCUUGACUGCAAUCGCGAUUGACCGCUACCUGGUCAUCGUCCACAACUCUUCCAAUGUCAACAUUAACGACCGGAUGUCGAUGAGGGUGAGCUUAACACGAAGCCGUUUCAGAUCCCUGACCUUUGCUUCUGCACUCGACUUCCUUUUUAUCUCGUUUUCCAGUGCAGAUGCAUUUCGCACAGACCGAAAUUGAUACCACCCGAGGGUUUGGUGUUUGGGUCCGUAGCUCAAAAAAUAUGAAAAAAGAGAAAACGAUUCACAGAUCAGAGUUUUGAAAGACGACUUGGCUAUGCCACUGAACAAAGGUCCUUGUGAACAAGUUAGCUUUAAACAAUGAAAUGGCUAAGAAUUCCGCUAUAAAAACUCCCGGAAAAAUAGCGGCUGUAUGAGGUUUUUAAUCAUAAUUAAUAAAAAGGCUUUCAAAAAAACUUUUUGCAUUUUUUUCUAACGUUUCAGACUUCAUCCAGCUGUUUUUUUCAGACCUGCAUCAUGAUAAUCACUUUGAUAUGGACAGUAUCCUUGUUGCUGGUCCUCCCGUAUGCAAUAAACAUGAAGCUGACUUAUAUUGGCCAGCCAUGUGAUUUCGUCGUCUGCACAGAAGAUUGGAGCAGCCAGCGAUUUCGUACCAUAUUCGGAAUCAUUGUCAUGUCUCUUCAGGUACGAGAGAAAAAUCACAUGGAUGUUCACAAAAAAAAAUAAAUCCAAAAAAAAAGAUUUAACUUUGAAAAAUCAUUUCAGUUUGUUAUACCUUUCGUCCUAAUCGGAAUAAGUUAUUCUUGCAUCUGGAUAUUCCUGAACAACAGGAGUUUUGCGAGUGAACGACGAGGGGAAGCGGCCAGGUAGAACAUCUGAAAAAGAGCGAAAAUAUUCAUAUUCGAAAUAUUCAGGAAAAAACGGCUUCUCCGGAUGUUGAUAGUAAUGGUGGUGAUUUUUGCCGUCUGUUGGUUCCCAUUCAAUUUAUUGUACGUUUUCCACUUUUCUCGGGUUUUAAACCGAUGAGUUUUCAGAAAUAUUCUGCGAGAUCUCAAAUGGGACUCAUUUAUGAAGCCCUACUUCAGCUUUCUGUUUCUAUUAGUUCAUCUAAUUACCAUGACUGCUACAUGUUGGAAUCCCAUACUAUAUGCCUGGAUGAAUGAGUCCUUUAGGUGAUUAACCUUUUCUUUUCAUUUUCCUUACUCAAACGUUCAGAGAAGAAUUUGCAAGGGCAAUCCCUUUCCUCCGAUCUCCGAAUAGUGCGCCUAGUCGUGUUCGUAUCAUAACUGGUAAACUGAGAAAAAUAUCAAAGAAUUGAAAAAUGGAUUUAGACUGCAAACCUGCCACGGAACGUACCAAUUGUGCUGACUGUUCAACGGUAACUAAUGAAGCGAUUUCUACGGUUUACUCGAAAAGUGAGUGACAUUUUGUUCGGAGGAGUAGUUUUAUAAAUGAAAGUAAUUAUAGGGGAAGGAUCAAAACUUCAAUAAUCGAUAGUUUUCAAAAAGCGUUUCUUUUUCAGGUGUUUUCUCUCGGAUAAGCGACGGUUUCUUGGGCAAUGGAAUCAGCAAACUGGCUCAUCGGGAGAAGAAAAGAAACACGUUGGUCGUCGAGGACAGUGAACCCGAAGCUCAUUUGCUGUGA